AUGUUUUUUUUUUACCCUUUAGGUCGAGACGGAAGGGAUGGUAUGCCAGGACCACCCGGACCUGCUGGUAAUUAAUACUCAGUGGAAGGUCGAAACGUUCCCUCAUCCCGUCUUUUUUUAAUUUAUAUUUUCAUUAUCAUUAUCAUUGUUGACAGUCAAACGCCAUAACAUGUAGCUAUUGCUAGUUAAGGGACUCAGCUGGGACAGGACCCCAUUUAAAGGACUUUCACAGCAGGUCAAUUAAGUCCCUAGGUUACUCAGUCAAAAAGAGAAAUCCCUCCAACCAACAACAAAGACUGGGAUACAGGAGGUUCCCACUAUACUGCUUCACUCCCUUACGAGAGGUUUGACAGCAUUCCUAACUUCUCUUAUAAGAACAUUCUCCUUCCAACUUUCAUCUUCUAAGGGUGAUAGUUAAGUUAUUGUGAGGCAUGCUUAACACACAGAAUGAGAGUUUCGUGAAGUUUGCGUCCUCAGGAAGGUUUCUUACCUCUUAGGACGAGACGGGAGAGACGGGAGACAGGGACCCGCGGGACCACGAGGACUUACGGGACCUAAAGGUAGGUAGAUACCAGAUAAUUCUAAAGGGGUAGUGCGCUUUAUAGAAUUCUCUCCGCGAGUAGUUGCUAACUCAUCAGGGACGGUGGAGCCGUGGGGUUCACAUCAUGGGGGCGUAAGACUUUUACGUGGAAAGUCUCCUCAAGUUCCCUACUUCGAGUCACUAGUCAGCCCCCCGCUCCUUACCACCCCCCUUAAAAAAUUUAUUCCGCUGCCUCUGCUAAUACCGUCAUACUACCAUAGUAGGGGUUGUUAUAUGAUAACGAUUGGUCAUUACCGAUCGAAGCUCAAAGCAAAAUAGGUUAGGACUACUUUAACCGAGAUCUUUAAACGAAGCAAUUACCCUCACUAACUCUGACAAACGUGAGAUUAUUGUAGGAAUGAUUCCAUGUGUUCCCACUAACGUUCUGGGCACUACCCACUAAGGCAAUUGGCAGUUUUUGUUUUGUAGCAAACACGUUCCCGCGAGAGCAAGCAAGGUCCAAAUGUUUAGGCACGAGCAAAACAAGUGAGGACAUCUCGCACCUAGCUUGCGAGGGGAACGCUUGCUAAGUUGCCUGUUUAUUGGUUUAGGUCUCCUAACAUUCUCCAGCGUAUUUCUGAACAUGUAAUGAUAGAUAAGCUAUAAGCCACUUGACAUCUCCCAUAAUGCACCUUAUUUGCCCCCCAAAAUUUUGCAUAACCUUUGUUUUUCAUGUCAGUUUUACAGCCGUGCCAAAAGAAAUUGAAAACAACGCUUAUGCAAAAUUUGGGGGGCAAAUAAGGUACAUUAUGGGAUAUAUACAAGUGGCGUAUGCUAUAAAUAAUUUAUAAUCUGAAUCCGAAUAAUAAACCACCUGACUUAUUUUCUCGCGAAACGUCGCUAAUAUAGUACUAUGAACUGUUAUCAUCGGAUAUCUGAUUCAAAAAGGUGAGAUCUAGCAGUAACGCCAUGUUAACAAAAACGAAACCUCACAGUAAUAGUUAUUUAAGGAAAAGAGAAUAGAUUAAAACGGUCCUACUGUCUGUGGAAGUCAGUUAUAAAUAAAGCUCGCAAAUGCAAAUUCACUCUCGAAACGCUUGGAAAAGGAUAAACUAUGUGCAAAACAUAGUGCUUCCGUUUUUGAUGAAAGCGCAUAUGUGGUCUUUUUUAGCUUCUACAUCGAUAACCAUCAAUAAUGCUCUCAUUUGAACUGAUAGUAACAAGUUUAGUCUCAACUUAAAAUUAAACCACAACUAGUAGAAUUUGGAAUUGUUUAGCGGAUGAACUAUAUUUGAGCUCAUCGACCUUAGCUUCCUUUAAAUCGGUUAUUUUUAAUUAUUAUGAGUCUGCGUUAGUUGUUUUCCUAUGAUUGUGAAGACCCACGUUCGUUCAAGUCUAUUUGUUUAAAAUGUAAUAGUGCUCGUCCCUUGUUUCAUCCAGCAACUUGUUGUCAACAGCGUGUUGUAGUGAAAGGAGAGGCUUCUGACUGGUUAACCGUAACCUCUGGUGUCCCACAAGGUUCUUUGUUGGGACCAUUAUUCUUCAUAGUCUACAUCAACGAUUUACCGGGGGUAAUUAGUAAGGACAGUUCAAUUGCUCUGUAUGCUGAUGACAGUAAAAUGUAUAGGGUUAUUAGUACUCAAGAAGAUCUGUCUACUUUUCAAAGUGACAUAGACAAAAUUUCAGAUUGGUUUAAGAUGAAUAAGAUGAGAAUUAAUACCAAGAAAUGUAACAUCAUGCGAAUAACCAGGAAAAAGUCACCAUUAGUUGGGGAGUAUAAUAUUGAAGGUCAACCUUUGGAAAGUGUUGAUAUGUAUAAAGAUUUAGGAUUAUUUACUACUAGUAAUCUUUCAUGGAACCAACACGUAGAUAAAAUAACUGCUAAGGCUAAUAGGGUUUUAGGGUUGGUUAAGAGGACUUGUAGGGACUUAAAGGAUAUUGAUACCAUGAACAGACUUUAUUGUAGUCUUGUGAGACCUUUACUAGAAUAUUCAUGCGAAACUUGGAACCCUCAUACUAAACGUAACAUUGAUAAACUGGAGGCUGUUCAGCGAAGAGCUACCAGAUGGAUCACUAGGUCUGAUGAUGAUUAUGAUACUAGACUAUCUAAGCUAAAAUUGUUGUCAUUAUCUAAUAGGAGGUUCACUAGAGAUGUUACAUUUUUUUUUUAAUGUAAUUAAUGGACAUUAUGAUAUUGACAUUUCAAAUAAGCUCAUAUUUUGUAAGGACAGAAAUACAGGUUAUAACUUGAGGAAAAAUGACACACAGGACCUUGUUCCAAAUUUUAGUAGAACUGAUGGUUUUAAAUACAGUUUUUUUAACCGUGUUGUAGAUGAAUGGAAUGGUUUACCCAAUCAUAUUAGAGAAUCAAACAGUGUUGCAACUUUUAAAAGAAAUGUGUUAAGCUUUAUUAAGAAUAACUAGAACAUUUAUAUUUCUAUUUGUAUAUAUUUUUUUUAUAUGUUAAUUAGUGGGGGCAUCCCUAGUAUGGCGCAUUGGUGCUUUUGGUUGUCUCCUUCUCCACAACUUUUUUUUUUUUUUUUUUUUUGUUUUGUUUUGUUUUUUUUUUUGUUUGUUGAAGUUUUUUUUUGUUAGUGUUAGUUUAUUUCAUUUCAUUAUUUGCUUGUUAUGCAGUGGAGUGAAUCUGUAAUAAAGCUGUAGUUUUUCUUGUAUCGCAGUGUUCUUUUUUUUUUUUUCUUUUUAACGUAUCCGUGCCCGCUGUAUAUGGCCACAGCUGUUGCGGUGUCCCUGCCAACGUUCUUUCUGUUUGUUUAUUUGUUUGUUUUGGCGUAGUUAAUAAUAAAAUAAAAUAACUUGUCCAACAUACUGUUUAAUGGCGGUAAUAAUGUUCGUCCCGGAUUAUUUAGACGCUAUUUUCCUAGAAUCACAGUGUAAUGUAUUUUUUUAAUUUCCCGCGCUUUUUAGGGAACGAAGGUCCAACAGGGAUUCCUGGGCCUGUGGGUCCUUCUGGGCCUAAAGGAGAGAGAGGAGCUGAAGGACAGGCGCUGUCAGGUGUGACGUAUAACCGAUGGGAGCGAACUAACUGCUCAGGAGAUGCCUCUGUUGUGUACACCGGUAUGAGAAUUACAAGUAGAUAUAUUUAUAAAACGAUAGAAAACAAAAAGACUUGGAAGUUUAUGCAGCUGAAUCAAUACUAUCUACUCAGAGACAGGGAGCCCAUUAGCGGGAGCGUUCACGUGCACCUUGCGUAAGACCCUCGCCCAUAAUCCGGCGCGAGCAACUCCCACAUUGGGCAUGUAACAUGGCGUUUUUACAGACUGGUCAAUUUUGAGAUACAUUUUAGAGCACUUAUUCCCUGGAAAGAAGCUCCGUUCUUGAGCUUAAUCAAAGUAUAAAAAAAGCUAAACGUACUAAAAAGGUCAAAAAUACAAUUUUUAGGUCUGCAGGUAAUGCUUACUGGUCUGUGGGACUGAUUAGAUUUGCUCAAUUUGCACCAAAAUCGUUCUUAAAAUAAAGGGGUCGGUACAAACACGAUUCAUGGAAGUUGCUCGCUCCGGGUAUUGGGCUUCUGCCUUCCAUGUAUUCGUGUCACAGAUCUACCAAGAUUUCCUUCCUUGCAAAUUCGGGACAAAUACAGUAUUUGCUAUCUUUGCCCCUGAUUUUUUCCUAGUUGUUUUGUUUGCAUGAUAUUUGCCCUAAGCAAAUUUAUUUUUUCAUAAUGGCUUAUCCUGGUUCCAGGGGGGUACUCUGGAUUUCAUUUGACGGGAUGAUCGAAUGGGGGUAAAAAUCAAAACCCAAAAAGUCCCUAGGGCUUCCAACUAAACCAAUAAAAAUCCCUGGGCUAAAAACUAACCCCAAAAAAGUCUCAUGCCGAUUUUUAGAGCCUAGAAAGCAUCAAAUGAUAUAAAAAUAAAAUUUUAAAAAGUUAGAAAUUUAAUGUUUGUCUUUACAUCGAAUAUUAGAUUGUUUUGAACACCUAAAAAAAUCCCUAAUUAAAUCAAGCCACCGGGAUCCUGGUAAUUCAACUUGUUCAUACUAGCUGCUUUAUUCCGGGGAUGACCAUAAUUUAACGGGACAGUCAAAUGUAAAACCUUUUUUUACGACAGACACGAAUUUAAAUGUCAUUUUCCCGUGUUUUGACAGGUGUGAUGGGCAGCGGCUAUUAUGAUCACCCCGGUGGAGGCUCUAAUUUUGUUUGUCUUCCCGACAACCCUAUUUAUGACAAGUACAUCCAAGGCUGGCAGGUAACCGGAGCGAUAUACGGCACAGAGUAUCAGCCAGGCAAUUUCCCAGGCUUUAGCAAAAAUCUUAAUAACCAGGAUGCUCCCUGCGUCGUGUGUUACGUCAGGUCACGUAGUUCCCAAAUGAUGAUCCCUGCGACCACCAAGUGUCCCUCUGGAUGGACCAGGGAUUACUACGGGUACUUAAUGACAUCUCACUAUGGUCACAAGCAUACCAGCGAAUUUGUGUGCAUUGAUGUCGAUGCUGAGGCCGUCCCGGGUGGCCAUCGUGACACAAAUGGAGCACUGUUGUACCUAGUGCAAGCUGAUUGCAAUCACGGUGUACCGUGUGUUCCGUAUAUUCAAGGCCACGAAUUGGCAUGCGUAGUAUGUACCAAAUAG